AUGUGGUGCUGCCAGAAGUUCAAGGCUUCAGUUACCAUUACACCCCGGGAGGAGCCGCAGCUGCCGCAGCCAGCCCCAGUCACCAUCACCGCAACUGUGAGCAGCGAGGCCGAGGCCAAGGCCAAGGCCGAGAACCCGCGGCACCACAGGCAGUGGGGCAGGGAGCAGUGGCCCCGGGCUGCCUCACAUCGGCGGCGCCUACUGAACAAGGACAGUGCAACGAAGGUUUUGGGAACAGUAAAAUGGUUCGGUGUAAGAAAUGAAUAUGGUUCCAUCCCCAGAAAUGACACCAAGGAAGACGGAUUUGUGCACCAGACUGCCGUAAAGAAGAACUGCAGCAUAGGAGACGGGGAGAUUAUGGAGUCUGAUGCUGCUGAAGGAGAAACCGGUGCCGAGGCAGCCAAUGCCGCAGGCCCUGGUGGAGCUCCAGGGCAACGCUGCGAAUACGCAGCAGACGCGACCAUUACAGACGCCGUCCACGUCCGUAGGGGUCCUCCACGCAAUGGCCGGCCGCAUUCUCAGACUAGUGAGAGUGCGGGAAAGAGUGCCCGGAGGGCCAGGCCCAACAAGGCCGGCCCCACCUUCCUCAUGAGGAGACCCAGUGUGCCCACCCCCGUGCGGGGAGACGUGAGGGAAGGUGCUGCCAAUCAGGAUGCAGAACUAGGUAGACCAGUGAGACGGAAUGUGUGUGGGGUUAUAGACCACGCUUCCGCAGGGGUCCUCCUCGCCGAAGACAGCCUAGAGAGGACGGCAAUGAAGAGGAGUGGGGAAAUCAAGGAGCUGAGACCCAGGUCAGCAGCCACCUCAGCGUGGGUGCCCCGCAACUUCAGUUACCUGCGCAGACACCCAGGUAACCCUAAACCCCAGGAUGGCAAAGAGACAAAGCAGCCGAUCCACCAGCUGAGAAUCAUCCAGAGGCUGCGCAGGGCGGGGCUGAGCAAAUGCCGGCUUCACAGCUCUGCCAUCACCCGGGGCAAGCACCAGAGCAGCUAG